AUGUCUUCCUGGUUUUCGCAACUUUCAAGUACUGUUUCAAAUGUAACUGGCUUUGGUUCGGCAGUGGAUGGUCUACGAACCGUAGCAGAUACAAUUAAAGAUGGUGAAGCUUUUACUCCUCUUAAUGAACAUGAUCUUGAAUGGACUUUAGCGUCAGGUUCAUCUACUGAAAAUCAAACAGGUGGAUUUGCUUUUGUUCAACUGAUUCAUUCUAAUAUUGGUAUUUUUAAAAAUAUUAAUAUGAGCAGCAAAUUUGAACUUUCAUCCAACAAACGCUCUGGUAAGACUUACUUGGGCAAGGAUGCAGGCUUUGUCUCACACAAAUUUUGGCCUCGUGCGCAUGCACAGGGGACCUUCAUCAUUAACCAAACCAUUUAUGAAUUGGAAGGUGAUGGUAUGUUCGUUCAUGCAAUCCAGGGUAUGCAACCCCAAUUGAUUGCUUCCACCUGGAACUUUGCCAACUUUCAUUCUGAUCAGGCAUCUCUAGGUAUGAUGCAAUUUCAGACUACAAAGCAAUAUGGAUCCGUUCAUGUCAACCAGGCUCGUUGGUAUUGGAUAACAAGCUCAUCAUGGUCUCUGAAAAACGAUCGAAAAGUAAAGAAGAUGUGGUCAAUAGAGAUGGUCGUGGAGGUCAAGAAUUUGAUCGAUAAAAUUGAUAUCUUGGCUGAAAUUCCAUAUGUCAUUCGCAAGCUAUGGCUUGAUAAGGCAACAGCUUAAUAUCAAGAUUGGUGAUAAAGUAAUUAAUACAGAAGGAUAUUGCUUCCAAGAACUAGUCUUUGUUUCUAAUUUUUAGACUUUAUCGUAUUUGCCAUCUAAUUUGUAUCCUUUAAAUUAAAUUUGCCGUCCCUUUUUAUUUUUAAACCUCAAAAAUUAAAGUCAUUGACAAAUACUUUAUGGUAAAUGCCAAGCGUAAGCCGUUAUUUAUUGCAAUACCAAAACGAUAGGAAAAAGCUGGAAUUUCUGUUAAUUGAAACAAAAAAAUAUUAUAUAAUAAUAAUAAUAACUGAGCAUAAAGGAAAGA